AUGCUGGCGCGGACCGAUCGGCGAGCAGGGCGGGCAGGACGGGCAGGACGGGCGGACGCCGGGGGCGGCGGCGAGGGGACGGCGGGCGCCCGAGGCGGGGGCGGCGCCGGGGCCGCGGGCGCGGGCGUGUCUCGGCCCCGCGCCGCCGGCCGCGCUGUGCAGUGCGUGUGUCCGCGUCCGUCCGCGAGUGUGCUGCGGGCGGGGGCCGCGCCGGCUGCCGGGGAGAUUGCGGGAGGCGCGGGCGCGCGAUUGGUCCCCGCGGGGUCAUGUGCCCGCCCUCUGACGUCAAUGGCGUCCGCGGCCCGGGCGGGGACUGGAGGCGGGCGCGGCCCGACGGGAGGAGCGGCCCCUGGGGAGGGGGCUGGGGCGAGCGAGCCCCGGCAGGCCCCGCGCCCCGCCCGGAAUGUGGGCAGUGGGCUGGGGCCGCGGGAGGUGGGCGGGGCGCGGGACGUCACGCCGGCCGCGCCCCCGCGGGUGCCCAGGCGGGUGUCAAAGCCCGCGGCCUGGCCCGAUCCCAGGGCGUCCUGCACCCCCCCCACCCCUGGCCGGACUCAAGGGAAAUCAAGUCUGCACGAUGACCGAGGUGCAGCCAAGUGGACACACAUGGGCUGGGCAUUGAACCACUUGGACCCGUGA